ACACAAAGUGAUUUCGCCAACCGAGUUGCUUUUGUUGGUAUUCAGAGACAGUGAGUACAACGCGGUGAUUGAGAAGAGCAUCCAUGGCUCUGUGCAGCAAAAGAAUAAAGACAUUGGCGGCAAAAACUUUAUUUGUUAAGAGUAAAUCCCGGCAUUCAUUAUAUGGUCCCAUAACUAGAUAGCAUAUGGAAAAAUAAUGAACUCCAGGAUUUGUUGACGUUCCCAUACUUCUCUACUCUAUAUAAGCGAACCAAUUUCAAGACAGUUUUCAGAAACCACACAACUUUCUAGCUAAUUCUCCUCCAUGGCUACCCAUAAACUUGCCUUGUCUGGUUGGUUUUCCUUUAUGCUUAUCUUACACCUCAUCUCCGCAUCAGAGCCCGAUAAUUAUAUUGUCUACAUGGACUUAUCGGCUAUGCCAAAAGCCUUCUCAGCCCAACAUCACUGGUACUCGGCCACUCUUCAAUCUGUCUCUACAACUGUUAGAGCUGACACCAAUACCCGCAGCAGUAUUUUAUCCUCUUCCAAACUGCUCUACAGUUAUAGUCAUGUUAUCAAUGGUUUUAGUGCAAGUCUCACUCCUGCUGAGCUUGAGGUCUUGAAAACCUCUCCAGGCUAUAUUUCGUCCGUUAGAGACUUACCUGUUAAGCUAGACACAACACAUUCAUCUCAGUUCAUUGGCCUUACAUCGAAAUCCGGGCUAUGGCCAGUAUCAAAAUACGGCCAAGAUGUUAUAAUUGGGGUGAUCGACUCAGGGGUUUGGCCAGAAAGCGAAAGCUUUAAUGACAGAGCAAUGACAGAAAUUCCAUCAAGAUGGAAAGGAGAAUGCGAGACUGGCACCCAGUUCAACUCCUCAUUGUGCAACAAGAAGCUCAUUGGUGCUCGUUUUUUUAACAGAGGCCUGAUCGCCCACUACCCCAAUAUCACCAUAUCCAUGAAUUCUACUCGUGACACAGACGGACAUGGAACGCAUACUUCAUCCACAGCAGCAGGGAGUCCUGUUGAAGGUGUAUCAUACUUUGAUUAUGCUGCAGGAACUGCAACUGGCAUGGCUCCACAGGCACGAGUGGCCAUGUAUAAGGCCCUUUGGGAUGAAGGUGGUGUCACUUCUGACAUAAUCGCUGCGAUUGAUCAGGCAAUUAUUGAUGGUGUUGAUGUUUUGUCCAUGUCAUUGGGCUUGGAUGGGUUAGCUCUGUAUGAAGACCCCCUUGCCAUAGCCACAUUUGCAGCCAUUGAGAAGAAUAUUUUUGUCUCUACUUCAGCUGGAAACCGAGGGCCACUCUUUAGGUCCCUGCACAAUGGCAUACCCUGGGUCCUCACUGUCGCUGCUGGCACAAUGGAUCGUGAAUUUGGCGCGAUUUUAACUCUAGGAAGUGGAGUUCAAAUCAGUGGCUCCUCUUUAUAUCCGGGGAAUGUGUUAAGCCAAGUCCCAAUUGUUUUCAUGGAUGACUGUCUCAAUUUCAACGAAUUAAAGAAAGUUGGAAUUAAGAUUGUUGUGUGCCAAGACAAGAAUGAUUCCCUUAGCGACCAAGUAAAGAACAUUCGCAACGCUAAAGUCGCUGCAGGUGUCUUCAUAUCAGAUUUCGAUGACUUGGGAUUCUUCUUGAAAACCUCAUUUCCAGCAAUAUUCAUGAAUCCGAAAAAUGCUGACAUUAUCAUAAACUACAUAAAGGGCAACUCAGACCCAAAAGCAAGCAUAGAGUUUCAAAAGACAGAUUUGGGUGUAAAACCAGCGCCACUUGUUACUAGCUACAGCUCUAGAGGGCCAUCCCCGAGCUGCCCAUUUGUCUUGAAGCCUGAUAUUAUGGCUCCUGGGGAUUUAGUGUUGGCUGCAUGGCCUGCAAAUACUCCAGUGACUGUGGUGAAUUCGGAGCUUCUGUUUAGUAAAUUCAAUUUGCUUUCAGGGACAUCCAUGGCAUGCCCACAUGCAGCAGGAAUAGCAGCACUUUUGAAAGGAGUACACCCAGAAUGGAGCCCUGCAGCCAUUCGAUCAGCCAUCAUGACCACAUCAGAUGCCAUUGAUAACACAAUCACCCCUAUUAAAGACGCUGCUUUUCAUAACGAACCUGCCAGUCCUCUAGCCAUGGGAGCUGGCCAAAUCAAUCCCAACAAUGCAUUAGACCCUGGCCUUAUUUAUGAUGCAACAUUGGAAGAAUAUGUUAGUCUUCUUUGUGCAUUAAACUUCACCAUGAAGCAAAUUCAGACAAUCACAAGGUCAUCUUCAACCAAUUGUUCUGUGUCAUCUUUGGAUAUAAACUAUCCGUCUUUUAUUGCUUUUUACCCUGGAAAUGACUCAAAAUCCGGACAGAAGAGCACAGUGCAAGAAUUUACAAGAACAGUGACCAAUGUUGGAGAGGGAAUAUCAACUUACUUCGCUACAGUAAUUACAACAAAAUUCAAAGUGAAUGUCAUUCCUGAUAAGUUGGUUUUCAAAGAAAAAUAUGAGAAGCAAAGCUUCAAGCUGAUCAUAGAAGGUCCAACACAGAUGGAAGACGUUGUAAAUUUUGGUUAUCUCUUGUGGGUUGACAUUGUAGGUAAACAUGUGGUGAAAAGUCCUAUCGUAGUCACAAGUCUGAGCACAGACAGCACAUUGGAACUUUCUCAGAAGUAGACCAAUCAAAGAUUAUAUAAAUUAAAAAUGCACUUGGUGAUGGAGCUUCUAGAUGCCUGCAACUAAUUAUUUGGAUAGGAUUACAGAGAUGUAGUUGUUGCUUGUAUCCAUUUAAAAGCAAUUAUAAAUAAUAGGCCAAUUGCUAUCAAUUUUCAAAAA